GGCAAUUUUCAACAGUCGUCUGCUGUAGUUUUUGUCAGUUAAACCAGAGUUGUCGCCAAUUGAUAGCUGUCAGAAUCCUUGAUUAUAUUCUAUUCAAGGUUAUUUUCAUGGUGAAAGUUUUCUUCGUAAAUGUGUUAGUUGUGUUUCUUUUAAUGUUCUAAACGACUGUCGUUUGUCAUUUGUUUUCAAAUGAAUAAUUAUGUUUGUGACGCAGACGAUAUGUUUUCUUUUCUAAGAAACUUGUUGUAGACAUCUGUUUUGUCCUUAAUUUGGAAAGGUAUGUUGACUGAAAAGGAGUUUUUCACUAGAGGAGCUGGGUAUAUCGGAAGCCCCUGUGUAGUUGAGCUUAUGGAACUGGCUAUCUGGUUAUUUCUUGCGAGAAGUUUGGGAAGAUUGGCUGCUUCUGGAAGUGAUAGCAUUCAGUUAAGCCGAGUAAUAAAAGAAAUAACCUUAACAUUGCCAAGGAAUAAGUCAUUGGAAAGAAUAAUUCACUAUAAAGUAGCGAAGAAGUUAAAGGCGAAGAAGUUAAAUCUCAAGAACAGAGCUAAGAAACGCCCAAUUGAUAAUUCUCCUAGCAAAGAUUCAUCAAGUAGUUCAUUCAGGGCUGAUAAAGAGAAGUCAAAGUUGCAGAAGGAGCUGUUGUCUCUGCAGUCGAGCUUAUGUCUCAAGUUGAGUAAGCCUACAAAGAAAGGGCCAGUUAAAACGUACACCAAGCAAGUAGAAAAGUUAGAGUUGCACGUUCAUGAGUACACACUCUAAGUGGAAGAGCUCAACAGCAUAUUAUCGACAUCAGCAGCCACAAAACUCGUUUG